CCCCGCCCUCGGCGCCCCCGCCCCUCCAGGAAGGGGAGGAGGCGAGGGGAGCCCGCCGCCGCCGCCGAGGCCCGACGAAGCCCCCCGCCCAGCCUGGGGUCCCCUCUGCCCAUGAGGCGGACGCCCCCCGCGAGCCGUCGGGUGCGGAGCCGGGCGCGAAGGUCUUGAGUCAGAGUGCCGGCCUUGGGGCCCCUGGACCACUGCCAUGGAGACUGAGAGUGAGCAGAACUCCAACUCCACCAAUGGGAGUUCCAGCUCCGGGGGCAGCUCUCGGCCCCAAAUAGCUCAGAUGUCACUGUACGAGCGGCAAGCAGUUCAGGCUCUGCAGGCUCUGCAGCGACAGCCCAAUGCGGCUCAGUAUUUCCACCAGUUCAUGCUCCAGCAGCAGCUCAGCAAUGCCCAGCUGCAUAGCCUGGCUGCCGUCCAGCAGGCCACCAUUGCUGCCAGCCGGCAAGCCAGCUCCCCAAACGCCAGCACAGCACAGCAGCAGACUGCCACCACUCAGGCCUCGAUCAAUCUGGCCACCACGUCGGCCGCCCAGCUCAUCAGCCGAUCCCAGAGUGUGAGCUCUCCCAGUGCCACCACUUUGACCCAAUCUGUGCUACUGGGGAACACCACCUCCCCGCCCCUCAACCAGUCCCAGGCUCAGAUGUAUCUACGGCCACAGCUGGGAAACCUAUUGCAGGUAAACCGGACCCUGGGCCGGAAUGUGCCUCUAGCCUCCCAGCUCAUCCUGAUGCCUAACGGGGCAGUGGCUGCAGUCCAGCAGGAGGUGCCAUCUGCUCAGUCUCCGGGAGUUCAUGCAGAUGCAGAUCAGGUGCAGAACUUGGCAGUGAGGAACCAACAGGCCUCAGCCCAAGGACCUCAAAUGCAAGGCUCUACUCAGAAGGCCAUUCCUCCUGGAGCAGCUCCUGUCUCCAGCCUCUCCCAGGGCUCUAGCCAGGCCCUCGCUGUGGCUCAGGCUUCCCCGGGGGCCUCAGGCCAGUCCCUCAACCUUAGUCAAGCUGGUGGAGGCAGUGGAAAUAGCAUCCCAGGGUCCAUGGGUCCAGGCGGAAGUGGCCAGGCCCCUGGGGGAUUGGGGCAGCUGCCUUCUUCAGGAAUGGGGGGUGGUGGGAGCUGUCCCAGGAAGGGCACGGGAGUGGUGCAGCCCUUGCCUGCAGCCCAAACAGUGACUGUGAGCCAGGGCAGCCAGACAGAGGCAGAAAGUGCGGCAGCUAAGAAGGCAGAAGCGGAUGGGACUGGUCAGCAGAACGUGGGUAUGAACCUGACACGGACAGCUACACCUGCUCCCAGCCAGACCCUUAUUAGCUCAGCCACCUACACACAGAUCCAGCCCCAUUCCCUGAUUCAGCAACAGCAACAGAUCCACCUCCAGCAGAAACAAGUGGUGAUCCAGCAGCAGAUCGCCAUCCACCACCAGCAGCAGUUCCAGCACCGCCAGUCUCAGCUCCUCCACACAGCCACACACCUCCAGCUGGCCCAGCAGCAGCAGCAACAGCAGCAGCAGCAGCAGCAAGCCACAACCCUCUCUGCUCCUCAGCCCCCACAAGUCCCCCCUACUCAGCAGGUCCCGCCUUCCCAGUCCCAGCAGCAAGCCCAAACCCUGGUAGUUCAACCCAUGCUUCAGUCUUCACCCCUGUCCCUCCCACCUGACCCAACUCCCAAGCCGCCCAUCCCUCUCCAAUCCAAACCACCUAUCCCACCGAUCAAGCCACCUCAGUUAGGGCCUGCUAAGAUGUCAGCUUCCCAGCAGCCACCACCCCAUAUCCCUGUGCAAGUCGUGGGCACCCGACAGCCAGGGACAGCCCAGGCACAGGCUUUGGGGUUGGCACAGCUGGCAGCUGCCGUGCCUACUUCCCGGGGGAUGCCGGGCACAAUGCAGCCCAGUCAGGCCCAUUUGGCCUCGUCGCCACCAUCAUCCCAGGCUCCUGGUGCGCUGCAGGAGUGCCCUUCCACAUUGACCUCUGGGAUGACCCUUGCUCCUGUGCAGGGGACAGCACAUGUAGUAAAGGGCGGGGCUGCCUCCUCCUCACCUGUUGUAGCCCAGGUCCCUGCUGCCUUCUACAUGCAGUCUGUGCACCUGCCGGGUAAGCCCCAGACAUUGGGUGUGAAACGCAAGGCUGAGUCUGAGGAGGAGAGAGAUGACGUCUCCACAUUGGGUUCCAUGCUUCCUGCCAAGGCGUCUCCGGUAGCAGAGAGCCCAAAGGCCAUGGAGGAGAAGAGCGGCUUUGGAGAAAAAGUUGAAUCAGUGACCAAUGUGAAUGCUAAUACCUCAAGCAGUGAACUAAUAUCCUUGGCUCCUGCCCCAUCAGCACCACCUCCUACACUAGCCAUGGUGUCCAGACAGAUGGGCGACUCAAAACCCCCACAGGCCAUUGUGAAGCCCCAGAUCCUCACCCACAUCAUCGAAGGCUUCGUCAUCCAGGAAGGAGCAGAGCCUUUCCCGGUGGGCUGUUCUCAGUUACUGAAAGAGUCUGAGAAGCCUCUACAGACGGGCCUCCUGACGGGGCUGAACGAGAACCAGUCCUGUGGCCCCUUGGGAGGGGACAGCCCGUCUGCUGAGCUCGAUAAGAAGGCGAAUCUCCUGAAGUGCGAAUACUGUGGAAAGUACGCCCCUGCAGACCAGUUUCGAGGCUCCAAGAGAUUCUGCUCCAUGACUUGUGCUAAGAGGUAUAAUGUGAGCUGCAGCCACCAGUUUCGGCUGAAGAGGAAAAAAAUGAAAGAGUUUCAAGAAGUCAAUUAUGCUCGUGUUCGUCGGCGUGGACCCCGCCGCAGCUCCUCCGACAUCGCCCGUGCCAAGAUCCAGGGCAAGCGACACCGGGGUCAAGAGGACUCUAGCCGGGGUUCAGAUAAUUCCAGUUAUGAUGAAGCACUCUCUCCAACAUCUCCUGGGCCUUUAUCAGUGAGAGUGGGGCAUGGAGAUCGAGACCUGGGGAACCCCAACACAGCUCCACCUACCCCAGAAUUACACGGCAUCAACCCUGUGUUCCUGUCUAGUAAUCCCAGCCGUUGGAGUGUAGAGGAGGUGUAUGAGUUUAUCGCUUCUCUACAAGGCUGUCAAGAGAUUGCAGAGGAGUUUCGUUCCCAGGAGAUUGAUGGACAGGCCCUUUUAUUACUUAAAGAGGAACAUCUUAUGAGUGCCAUGAACAUCAAGCUGGGCCCAGCCCUCAAGAUCUGCGCCAAGAUCAAUGUCCUCAAGGAGACCUAAGGUGGCCUUCUUGCACAAAGCAGCCGAAGGCAGACACUCUCCAUUGUCCAGGCUGUCACCUGCCUGGUGCCUGCGACUUUACAGGGAAUAAAUGACUUUUCCAAUUA